GGUAAUUUGGGUUUUACGAUCCUGAUUGCCGCCAGCAUGAAAGUCGGAAGACAACAGACAUCAUAUCUUGAUGUCCUUGCAUGUGUUGUACCUCGUUACCUCUGACAGUCAUAAGACGUGCAUACAGAAAGUACGGGUCGGCUUUGAUCUAUCCACGGUACAAAUCGGAAUCAACUCCCUUUUGUCUGGGCCAUUGAAUUCUUGACUAACGCAUUCAUGCCUACGGCUUGUAUCGAUACUAAAGGCACCGAGUAUUCCUUCACGGACAGCGGUCCUGUCGUUGGUUCUUCUGACUACACGACUCUGGUGAUAUAUCAUGGAACUCUAUUCAAUGGAGAAAGCUUCCGAAAACUUUUCCCGCUCCUCGAUACAACGCUGGAGAAUAUUCGCCUGAUCAUAAUCAGUCGCCGAAGCUACCGAGGAACCACCAAACACACCGACGCUGAAAUAGCAAGCUUGGCCCAGGGGAGCACUGAAUUCUUGGAAGUGCUGGCCCAGGACGUAGCCAAUUUCCUGAUCUGGGUCAUCAACAAUCUAGACAUCCCUAAAGUUGGCGCCGACCGCAAGUCGGGCGGUCUGGCGAUCAUGGGGUGGUCGGCAGCGACAUCCACGACACUGGCUUUGUUGGGACAACCUCAAGCAAUACCGAGGGAAUCAUACGACAAGAUUGAACCAUAUCUUCGCAAGCUUAUCAUCUAUGACUCCCCCCUCAUGUCCUUUGGCUACGACUUCCCUCCGGAAGCCUACAACCCGUUUAUCGACCAAACAUCCUUCACAUCACCACAGGAGUGGCUCGAUCACCUGAAUACUUGGCUCAGCGGUUAUUAUAGCCACCCCGAUACUUCAUCUCGUGCAUUAUCCGGAUUGGAUACCACUAGCAAACGUACUAAUCAAACAACCAUGGACACGUUGACGGAUGGAGAGAAGCAGACCUUCAUUGAGGUCACGGCGGCGGCUACUGGAGCUGACCUUGGUGCUACUCCUUACCCUAUCAUUCAUGGUGUCGUGAAGGAGCAGACAAAGCGUGCGUUGUUCGAUGCAGAAAUCUUUCAGGACGUACUUCCUCUGGUAACCAUCGAGUAUAUCGCAUGCUUGAAAACAAACUGGGUGUGUCUCUGGGCAUUUUUUGAGACGGAGAGAAUAUAUGAGGAGUUGGUUGCUGAAGGCAAAAAGAUCCGACCAGCCCAUUUCAUCGCGAUCAAGGGUGCGAAUCACUUCGUCCAUUUUGAUGCUCCAGAGGAAUUCGGGGCAGCUAUCGCGGAAGCCCUGACGAAAUGAGCAUCUAGGGAAUGCAUUGAUAAUUACCAGAGCAAUUG